CAGAUGGCGGGAAAAACGAUUGAAUUUUCUCUCCUUAUUCUGGCUGUGAUAGCCGGAGUCCAGGGAUCGAACAUUCUCGGGCUGUUCGCCAGCCUAAGUCCUUCCCACUUGGUAAUCCAGAUGUCAAUGGCCCGGAUCUUGGCCGAGAGAGGCCACAACGUAACGGUAGUGACUGCCUUGAAGCCUCCGCUAAUGCACAAGAACAUUUCCCACAUCCAAGUGCCGCUCAACAAAGAGGAUUUGCAAUCCUUCAACACUGUCAUAGCCAGCUUAGCCAACACGAACAAUAGCAAUGUCUACUUAACCAUGUUACGAUCGGCGCAGAAACUGAGUGAGGCGUUCUCCAAAAUGGGAGCGGUGAUGAAGCACCAAGUGGUCAAGGAUCUCUAUGAGCAUCCGGAUAAUAAAUUCGACCUAGUGAUCGUGGGAUACUUUAUGAACAGUUUCCAGCUGGCCUUGGCCCACAAGCUAAAGGUGCCUCUGGUGGUGGCCGUCUCCAAUCCCCCAACAUUCAUCGGGGACAUAAUUGGCAACCCCUGGGAAGUCUCCUACGUGCCGUCGAUGCACGCAUCCCAGGAAGUUCCUAUGGGCAUUGGGAAGCGUGUGAUCAAUAUUCUUAGCAACUGGGCCCAACGCCUUUUCAUGGCCAUAAAUGAGUAUGACAAUGCAAAGACAUAUAGGGAAAUCUAUGGAGAUGAUCCUACUCUGCCGGCCUACAGUGACCUGAACAAGAAUAUUUCCCUCAUUUUCUUCGGUUCACAUGGAAUCAGCGAGGGACCCAUCAGGCCCAAUGUGCCGGCGGUGAUCGAGGUGGGUGGCAUUCAGGUCAAGGAUCGUCCUGAUCCUCUGCCCCAGAACAUUGCGGACUUCCUGAGCAACGCUCCACACGGAGCUAUUCUCUUUAGUCUCGGCACGAACGUAAAGAAAGAUCACCUACCGCCCGAAACAAUACAAAAGAUUUUCAAUGUCUUAUCGAAACUGAAGCUGAAGGUCAUCUGGAAGUGGGAUGAUCUGGAGAGCACUCCGGGCACAUCGGAAAAUAUUCUCUACGCCAAGUGGCUGCCCCAGGACGACAUCCUGGCCCACCCGAACAUCAAGCUCUUCAUCACACAUGCGGGCAAGGGUGGAGUGACCGAGGCUCAGUACCACGGCAUUCCAAUGCUGGCACUUCCCGUUUUCGGGGAUCAGCCCAGCAAUGCCGCUGCCGUAGUGGAGCAAGGAUUCGGCCUGACACAGAGUCUGCUUACCCUUGAGGAGAAGUCCUUCCACGAGGGCAUCAGAGAGGUCCUUGAGAAUCCAAAGUACGCAAACGCGGUGAAAUCCUUCUCGACCCUUUACCGUGAUCGGCCAAUGAGCGCCCGUGAAACUUUAAUAUACUGGGUGGAGUACGUAAUCCGUCACCAUGGAGCUCCGCACCUGCAGAGUCCGGUGGUGCACAUGAGCUAUAUAGCCGCCAAUAACUUGGAUAUCUAUGCUCUGUUAGUUUUGGUGAUUGCUGUUGUUUACUAUACUUUAAAACUGGUUUGUCGGCUUCUGAUUAAAAAACUCUGUUCUAAAAAGUCAAAAAGUAAGCCAAAGGCAAAGAAGCAGUGAAUGAACAAAUUAAAUUUGAUAAUUUAAUUCAA